AUGUCAGUUUGGAAGGCUUUGAAUACGCGAAGACGGAAGUACAGGCGAUCUUUGAUAUUCGCUCUGAUAGGUGCGGCUAUAUGGUACCUGGUCCAGUACCCGCUUAAGAAACACUUUGUACAUACUAAUGAAAAGAUUCCGUAUUCAAAGUUUGAUAUUGGCUCUCAAAAAGAUGACGUUUUCGUUCAUGGAUGCCUUGAUCCAUUAGAGUACAUUCGCGACCCACAAUACCAAAAACAAAAUGCGACAUUCGUGAUGUUGACAAGAAAUCAAGAAAUCGAGGGUGUACUGCAAACAAUGCUCAGCAUAGAACGCCAUUUCAACCAAUGGUUUCAAUACCCAUACGUGUUUUUGAAUGAUGAGCCUUUUAGCGAAGAAUUCCGGCAGCAAGUUGGAGCAGUGACAACGGCGCAUGUGCGAUUUGGACUUGUGAGCGAGUUCGAAUGGGAAUUUCCGAAGGAGGUUCGUGACUCUCUUUUGUUUAAACAUAGUAUUGAUGAUCAGGGAGACCGAGGUAUCAUGUACGGCAAUAUGGAAUCCUACCACAAGAUGUGUCGCUUUUAUUCCGGGCUGUUUUACAGACACCCAAUGGUACUGGAAUACGAGUGGUAUUGGCGCAUUGAGCCCGACGUAGAGUUCUUUUGUGAUACCACUUACGACCCAUUCUGGGAGAUGGCCAAGCAUGGCAAGAAAUACGGCUUCACCAUGGUCAUAAAAGAACUUUUCUGGACCGUGCCGAAUUUAUUCAGGUUUACAAAAAGCUUUAUUCGCAGCCACGGUUUGCAGGUUGGUACACUGUGGAAAAUGUUCACUUGGGAUUACAACGUACUUUCGGGCGACGCGGAGAUGAACAAACUCGUCAAUUACCGAUUUCAAAUAGAUGACGAGCUCAAAAAGAAAGUUCUUGCCGACGAGCUGCUGAGCAGAAAUUACGCGAGUGAUGCUGAAGUAGAUGCUGACAUGCUGUACGCGUUAGUGGAGCGCAGCAGACAAAAGGUGCCAAUCGUGGAGGACAAAUUCGACAAUGAGGAAUUUAACCUGUGUCACUUUUGGAGCAAUUUCGAGAUCGCACGCGUUGACGUGUUCAACAACGACCUCUAUAACGCCUAUUUCCAGUAUCUGGAGGAAUCAGGCGGAUUCUGGGCCGAGCGAUGGGGCGACGCGCCUGUACACUCGUUGGGGCUCGCGCUGAGCCUAAAUUUGGAGGACGUGCACUACUUCCGCGACAUUGGCUACCAGCACUCAACGCUUGCGCAUUGUCCUGCCAAUAAGGCCGGUAAACAGCUGGCGUACACUCCAAACCCGGCGUAUAAGUCGGUAUUUGCGUCCCAGGACACCAUUUUCGCCCGCCUGGCACGCACAGGACGUCGCGCGACGCCCGAAACUAACGUGGGUGUCGGGUGCCGGUGCGACUGCCCGAACCGCAAGGAAAUCGAAGACACCUGCGAUGAGUGCUUCGGACUAUGGGGGGAGUUGCUGUGGGACGAGCAUCUGCCCGACGUGCCCGAAAACGCUGCAAUGCGCCUGAAACAGCUGCGACUGGAACUCCGCGCGGAGCUUCAAAAUCGCUGA